AUGCAGUCGCAACCAAAUCCAUCUUCAGCUUCCAGGUUAGGUAGUCCGGGGAAAUCGCCAACUCCGACUACCAAUUCAGGAGAUCCAGGGUCGAAGAGUAUGCAACCACAGCCAGAUCCAACUCAUUCUUCAGGGACAUUACCAGGCCUGACUGCCAAUUCUGGAGAUCCAGGGUCGAAGAGGACAUCACUAGGCCUGACUACCAAUUCAAGAGGAGUCAGUAUCGAAAUAUCAGCAAUUUCAACUCUGGUGGAUAACAUUUCGGUAAAACUAGGAGAAUUCGUUGCCGUCGUGAAUGGCAAGAGCUAUUCAAUAGGUUCAGGAGCUCCUCAGGUAGUGACUGUUAUAAACACCCAAACAAUCACGAUUGGUGUUGCUGGAAUCCAACUUGCGCACACGACUCUGGCGCCUUUACUUGUUGAACCUACGAACCAUGUGAUUAUCGGUGGUGAGCCCAUAAGUGUUGGAAAUUCGGUGGCAUAUAUUGGGUCUUCAACGUUUACUUACGGAUCAGGAUUGGCCAUUCAAACUGAUGUAUUCAAUGGACAAACAAUAGUUAUCUACCCUAGUGGAGUGAUCUUUGCGCAAACGACUUUACGAGGUAACUCAAGAUCAGGAAAUCAAAUUGGAAUAGUUGGCGGCCUCUCGGUGACGGAAGUAGGUUCAUCAAUCGCAAUUAUAUCUAGCAUUAUGUUCAAUAUUGGACCUGGUGCUACUCCUACCAAGACAGUGAUCAGUGGGGAAAGUAUAUCUGCAGAUCAGAGCGGCCUGAUGCUUGCUGGUACAACUUUAACAUACCCUCUCAUUCCUGCGACACAUCCUGUCACAAUUUCAGAUGUCACAUUCACGCAAAUUGGAUCAAGUCUAGCAGUUAUAGAUGGAACAACCUUUACUUUUGGACCAGGAGCAACACCUACUAGCCACACCUUCAAUCAACAAACUAUAAAAAUUGGAAGUAAUGGCAUUGAGUUCUCAAAGACCACCUUUACAGGUGUCUCUGAAUCUUCGUCGAUGCAGGAUAUGUAUACAAGUACAAGUAAAGGAUCAAAGUUCAAAACUACAGGCGAAGACUCAACACACAUGUCUACCUCUACAAUGACGACAUCUGGAGCGGUGACAUCCACAGAUCAAGAGAGCGACGCUGGGAGGAUCAAUGCUCCAUUUGAAAUAUACGGAUACAUCACUCUUGGUCUCAUUAUGAUGAUGACUUAA